CCAGUAUAGUACUCCUACUACCAUUUCAUAUACAGAAAAUUUUCAAACUCAUUAAGCUAGCAAAAGAGAGAUGGCAUAUGCAGCUGUGAUUUCUCUGAAGCAAACGAUACAUCGCCUUCUUAACUCUUCUCACACUCCCAUUCCAUCCUCAAGUCGAGAAAUCCUUGAAUUUGCUUCCAAAGAAAUCACAUCCUUGCAAGAAUUUCUCAACGAAUUCUACAACAGCAACAGCAAGAGAUGGAACGCUUUGGAUGCCAAAAUCAGAGAAGCCGUACAAAAAGCAGAAGAUGCCAUCGAAUCCAAUCAAUUUCUCUUUUUACCCGAACUGAUACAUUCCUUUGUCGAAACCAUGGCGCAAAUAAAGAACGAUUUCACUCAAAAUUACCCGCCACUCGACGACGAUGAAGAUGAUGAUGAUGAUGAUGAUGGUGGUGGUGGUGGUGAUGGUGAUGCAGCCGUUUCAACCGAUAACGAUCUCGGCUAUGAAAUGAUAGGAUUAUCCAAUGAGUUAGCGGAAACGAAAGAAGACCUGCUCAAACCACUGAGGCCCUACGAUUUCGGGGUUUACUCCCACGUCGGAAAGAGAGGCUCUCUCAGAAGCAUCACCGCAAAAGCCCUUUUCGACGAUAUAUUCGUCGCAGAAGAAGAGCCCUUCGACUGUGGUGCGUGGGUGACCGUAGGCAGAAACUACCAAUUCACUGAAAUUCUCACAAAUAUCAUCGCCCAAGUAGAUGAUCAAGCGCGAUUUGAUCAUCAUGAUAUGGAUAAAUUGAGGAAGGAUCUAUAUGCGAAGCUGAAAGGUCGAAGAUACAUGAUUGUGUUGGAUGAUGUUGACGACGUUGAGGUUUGGGAUGAGUUGAAAAACUCAUUUCCAGAGCAACACAAUGGCAGCCUAAUCGUGCUGACCACGGGGCUCAUCGAAGUUGCCCAAUAUGCAAAUAGUUUUUAUAUUCACGAAAUGCCAAUGCUAUUCGGUGACUUCUUUUGGGAUUUUCUUCGAAUAAUGAUGUUUAGGUACGGGAAGGAGAUCAAUCCAGAAAUGGAAAGAGCUGGGAAGAAGAUUGCUGAGAAUUGUAGAGGAAGUCGAAUUGCGCUUGCUAGAAUUAUCCUCUUCCUCUACAAAGUCGACAUGACUCCAGAUCAGGAAAGCUGGAACAAGCUAGCUGCGGAUGAACAACACUCCAUAUUCGUCGUCCAUGAUGAAGUCUCCGAGGUUCGUAAACUCAGAGAAGACAUAUAUGAGCUUACAGACGAAAACAAGUUUACGAUCACAGCUCCACUUGAGACUUUUGCGGCUCUUAAACUAAUCAAGGAGUAUCUUUUUCCCCAAAAAUACUUUCCAAAAUCAAAAAUCAUGUUCAUCUGUGGAACGGCAGGUAUUGGAAAGACUACUCUUGUUAAGAAUCUUUUCGAAGAUUCCUCAGUUUCGCAUCACUAUGACCACCGGGUGUGGGUGGCUCUCGGCACAAGAUAUAAGCCAGAGGAAAUCUUGAUCGAUAUUCUAGCUCAUAUAUAUCCCCACAUCGAGAGAGAACGUGUCAAAAAUGAUGCAAAAUUAGCUGCAGAUUUGUGUAUGGAAAUGGAAUUAUCAAACAAGAGAUGCUUCAUUGUGUUAGAUGAUAUGUGGAAUCCAGAGCCCUUAUACCACUUAAAAUCUCUAUUUCCAAACAUUAGAGCUAAUAUCGUUGUAACAACCCGGCAACCUGGGCUAGGUCCAUCAUUUGGGCCAGAUGAUAGGUAUUACACAGUGCGCUUACUCAAUAAGCAAGAAAGUUGGGAUCUUCUUUGUCACAAGUUGUUUGUUGGUGCGUCAUGUCCUCCUCGACUAGAGAAAAUUGGCAAGAAAAUUUCUAACAAAUGUGAAGGUCUUCCUCUCUUAAUCCUCACAGUUGCCAAUCUCUUGUCAAAAGAAGAGAAAACACUAGAGUAUUGGAGCAUGGUAGCAGAGGAAAGAAAUUCAGUGUUCAGGGAUGCAUAUGAUCAUAUGCAUAAGGUGUUAGUUCCCAGCUAUCAGUACUUACCACAACAUCUGAAAGCGUGUUUUCUCUACAUGGGCGUUUUCUCACUGAAUGAUGAGGUUCCAGUGUCAAAGCUCAUUGAUUUGUGGGUUGCAGAUGGGUUUCUUGAGCCAGAUGUUUCUCAGACUGUAGAAGAUUAUGCUCUUAAAUCAUUGAAGGAGAUUGUUAAUCGAAGUCUAGUUAUGGUCCAACGGAGGGACUCUGAUCCCAAAUCCAGUAAGACAUGUAGACUUCAUUCUGGGCUUUGGUAUAUGUGUAGCCGUGAAGCUGAGAAGAGCAUGUUUUUCAAUGCUUAUACUGUACACGGAUUAAAGGAGGAGCAAAGGAGAGUGUGCAUUCGUAAUAACAGUUUGUUAGGCAUCAAACAUGAGCAUAACUCAAUGUUAUACACGCGUUCUCUCUUAUGCACUGGCCCAUACCAUCAUUAUCCAGUACCAAUACCUUUUGGGUCGAGGCUGCUGAGGAUAUUAGAUGCUGUGUCAAUCCGUUUGUAUGAGUUCCCAAUCGAAGCAGUGGAACUCAUACAUCUAAGGUACCUUGCCCUCACUUGUGAUGGGAGGCUUCCUGCUUCUAUAUCCAAACUCCGCAACCUGGAGAAGUUGCUUGUGAAAAGGCAUUUGAGCACCAAAUCUGUUGAUGAUUCUUCAAUUCUGCCCAUGGAAAUCUGGGGUAUGAAGGAACUGAGGUAUCUUCGAGUUGAAGGAUGCAACCUACCUAGCCCUAGUAGUGAUGAGGUUUUAGUUAACCUCUCAGCUCUAUUAGAUGUGAACAUUGAUAGUUGCACUGAGGAGGUUCUUAGAGGUGUUCCAAAUAUAAAGAGGUUAGGAGUCCGGAUCCAGCUCGAGCCGGGAGAUGAUGGCAAGUCCUUCCAUCACUUGAAUAACAUAUCCAGUCUAGGCAAACUGGAAUCACUUACUUGUGUGGUUGUGAAUCCUGACUUAAGUCAGGAUACUGUCACUCCACCUGCUCCUCAUUCCAUGUUUCCAGAGUCUCUUAAGAAGUUGAGUUUGAGUGGGCUAGGAUAUCCAUGGAUUUACAUGGACAUAAUUGGCAGACUACCAAAUCUUGAAGUGCUCAAAUUACGAUGCUAUGCCUUUCAAGGACCAGUAUGGGAAACAGAUUAUGCCAGUUUCGGCCAGCUUAAGCUUCUCUCACUCGAAGAUACUGAUCUAGUGCUGUGGCGAACAAGAAACCCAAGCUUCUUCUCUCUUAACUAUCUUAGAAUUAAACAUUGCUAUAACCUAGAAGAGUUCCCUGCUUACUUGACUUGUAGUGUUCGAAUGCUUCAAGUAGCUGACUGUAGCCUUUCAGCUGUGGCAUGGGCAGAAAAAAUGAAGGAAAAUGAUUUGGAGAAUAGAAUAGAAACGCUCACAAUUGAUGUCCAUUCUUCAUGGGAUGAUUAGAAUCUCGACCCAUGACUGCGUGCUUACCAAGAGGAAAUGAAAACAGGAAUAUGCAUGGCAGCUUACAAGAAACAAGGCAUUUGCAGACUCAUGGGAUUCUGGGAUAACUUCAAAUGAUGACUGUAAUUUUUUUAAAACUCAUUAAGCUAGCAAGAGAGAGAUGGCAUAUGCAGCUGUGAUUUCUCUGAAGCAAACUAUACAUCGCCUUCUUAACUCUUCUCACACUCCCAUUCCAUCCUCAAGUCGAGAAAUCCUUGAAUUUGCUUCCAAAGAAAUCACAUCCUUGCAAGAAUUUCUCAACGAAUUCUACCACGACAACAGCAAGAUAUGGAACGCUUUGGAUGCCGAAAUCAGAGAAGCCGUACAAAAAGCAGAAGAUGCCAUCGAAUCAAAUCAGUUUCUCGAAUCGAGGCGAGAGAUACAUUCCUUGAUCCAAACCACGGCGAAGAUAAAGAAGGAUUUCACUCCGUCAUCACUCGACGUUGACGAAGAUGAUGAUGAUGCAGCUGAUUCACCAACCAACGAUGUCGGUUUUGAAAUGGUAGGAUUAUCAAACGAAUUAGCCGAAAUAAAAGACUACCUGCUCAAACCAACGAGGCCCUAUGAUUUUGGGGUUUACUCCUACGUCGGAAAGAGAGGCUCUCUCAGAAGCAUGGUCGCAAAACACCUUUUCGACCAAAUAUUCGUCGCAAAAGAAGAGCCCUUCGACUGUGGCGCAUGGGUGACCCUAGGCAGAAACUACCAAAUCACUGAAAUUCUCAAUAAUAUCAUCGCCCAAGUAGAUGAUCAAGCACGAAUUGAUCAUCAUGAUAUGGUGAAAUUGAGGAAGGAUUUGUAUGCGAGGUUGAAGGGUCGGAGAUACAUGAUUGUGUUGGAUGAUGUAGACGACGUUGAGGUUUGGGAUGAGUUGAAAAACUCAUUUCCAGAGCAACACAACGGCAGCCUAAUCUUGCUGACCACAGGGCUCAUCGAAGUUGCCCAAUAUGCAAAAAGUUUUUAUAUUCACGAAAUGCCGAUUCUGUGGGAUGAGUACAUGUGGGAUUAUCUUCGAUUGUUGAUGUUCGGGUGCGAGAAGGAGAUAGAUCCAGAAAUGGAGAAAGCUGGGAAGCAGAUUGCUGAGAAUUGUGGAGGAAGUCGAAUUGCGUUUGCUAGAGUUAUCCUCUUCCUAUGCAAAUUCGACAUGAAUCCAGAUCAUGAAAGCUGGAACAAGCUAGCUGCGGAUGAACAUCACUCCAUAUUCGUCGUCCAUGAUGAAGUCUCCGAGGUUUGUAAAAUCAGAGAAGACUCAUAUGCGCAUACAGGUGACAAAAAGAUGAAAAUCACAUCUCCACUUGAGAUCUCUUUGGCUGUUAAGCUAAUCAAGGAGUAUCUUUUUCCCCAAACAUACUUUCCAAAAUCAAAAAUCAUGUUCAUCUGUGGAAUGGCAGGUAUUGGAAAGACUACUUUUGUUAAGAAUCUUUUCGAAGAUUCCUCAGUUUCGCAUCACUAUGACCACCGGGUGUGGGUGGCUCUCGGCCCAAAAUAUAAGCCAGAGGAAAUCUUGAUCGAUAUUCUAGCUCAAUUAUAUCCUCAAAUCGAUAGAGAACGUGUAAAAAAUGAUGCAAAAUUAGCUGCAGAUUUGUGUAUGGAAAUGGAAUUAUCAAACAAGAGAUGCUUCAUUGUGUUAGAUGAUAUGUGGAAGCCAGAGUCCUUGUACCACUUAAAAACUUUAUUUCCAAACAUUAGAGCUAAAAUCUUUGUGACAACCCGGCAACCUGUGCUAGGUCCAUUAUUUGGGCCAGAUGAUAGGUUUCUCAUAGUGCGCUUACUAAAUAAACAAGAAAGUUGGGAUCUUCUUUGUCAAAAGGUGUUUGUUGGUGUGUCAUGUCCUGCUCGGCUAUAGGAAGUUGGCAAGAAAAUUUCAAACAAAUGUGAAGGUCUUCCUCUGUUGAUCCUCACAAUUGCCAAUCUCUUGUCAAAAGCUGAGAAAACACUAGAGUAUUGGAGCAUGGUAGCAGAGGAAAGAAAUUCAGUUUUCAAGGAUGCAUAUGAUCAUAUGCAUAAGGUGUUAUAUCCUAGCUAUCAGUACUUACCACAACAUCUGAAAGCAUGUUUUCUCUAUAUGGGACUUUUCUCACGCAACGAUGAGGUCCCAGUGUCGAAGCUCAUUGAUUUGUGGGUUGCAGAGGGAUUUCUUGAGCCAGAUCCUUGUCAGACUUUACAAGUUUAUGCUCGAAAAUGUUUGAUGCAGAUUGUUAAUCGAAGUCUGGUUAUGGUCCAAUGCAGGGACUCCGAUCCUGACUCUAGUAAGACAUGUAGACUUCAUUCUGUGUUUUGGCAUAUGUGUAGCCGUGAAGCUGAGAAGAGCAUGUUUUUCAAUGCUUACACUGUACAAGGUUUAAAGAAGGAGCUUAGGAGAGUGUGCAUUCGUAAUAACAUUUUGUUAGGCAUCAAACAUGAGCAUAACUCAAUGUUAUACACACGUUCUCUCUUAUGCACUGGCCCAUACCAUCAAUAUCCAGUGCCAAUACCUUUUAGGUCGAGGCUGCUGAGGAUAGUGGAUGCUAUGUCAAUCCGUUUAUAUGAGUUCCCAAUUGAAGCUGUGGAACUCAUUCAUCUAAGGUACCUCACCCUCACUUGUGACGGGAGGAUUCCUGCUGCUAUAUCCCAACUCCGCAACCUAGAGAAGUUGCUUGUAACAAGGCAUUUGAGCACCAAGUCACUUGAAGAUUCUUCAAUCUUGCCCACGGAAAUUUGGGGUAUGAAAGAAUUGAGAUAUCUUCGGGUUGAAGGGUGCAACCUACCUAACCCAAGUAGUGAUGAGGUGUUAGGCAACCUCUCUACACUAUUAGAUGUGAACAUUGAUAGUUGCACUGAGGAGGUUCUUCGAGUUGUUCCAAAUCUAAAGAGGUUAGGAGUGCGAAUCCAGCUCGAGCCGGGAGAUGAUGGCAAGUCCUUCCAUCACUUGAAUAACAUUUCUAGUCUAGGCAAACUGGAAUCAUUUACUUGUGUGGUUGUGAAUCCUGACUUAGAUACUGUGACUCCACCUGUUCCGCAUUCCAUGUUUCCAGUGUCUCUUAAGAAGCUGAGUUUGAGUGGGCUAGGAUAUCCAUGGAGUUACAUGGACAUAAUUGGCAGACUACCCAAUCUUGAGGUGCUCAAAUUACGAUGCUUUGCCUUUCAAGGACCAGUAUGGGAAACAGAUUAUGCCAGUUUCGGCCAGCUUAAGCUUCUCUCACUAGAAGAUACUGAUCUAGUGCUGUGGCGAACAAGAAACCCAAGCCUUUUUUCUCUUAACUAUCUUAGAAUUAAACAUUGCUAUAACCUAGAAGAGUUCCCUGCUUACUUGACUUGCAGUGUUCGAAUGCUUCAAGUAGCUGAUUGCAGCCCUUCAGCUGUGACAUGGGCAGAAAAAAUGAAAGAAAAUGAUUUGGAGAAUAGAAUAGAAAAGCUAACAAUUGAUGUCCAUUCUUCAUGGGAUGAUGAGAAUCUCGACUCAUGACUGCAUGCUUACAAAGAGGAAAUGAAAACAGGAACAUCAUGCCAGCUUACAAGAAAAAAGUCACUAGAGACUAAACGAAAACUUCAAAUAAUGACCGAGUUGGUUCAAUAUCAAGGCUCAUUUUCAGUUUGAGAUUGAUUUAUUUUUGCCACGGGCGUGGCUAUGAUACGUGUAAAUGGAGGAUCGAGAAACUGCUACUGAUGGAAGAUGUUAGAGAUGGAGUUUGUUGGAGAAGCAGUUAUCAGUUCAAUAACAAAUGUCAACAAAUAGCUAUGUAUACAUCUUCUAUAGUCAAUUAAUGAAUCAGAACUUCCUAGUCUAUCCUCUCUUAUCUCUGUACUCUCUCUGCAAAUCUGCAAUCAAGCUCUUAAGCUCUUAACCUAAUCCUUCCCUGCAUCAGGUUGAUUAGAAUUGAUUUAAUGUUAGUUUAAGAAGAAAAAACCAACUAUGUUUUCUUUUUAUAAUUUGUGGAAAACUGCAAUAGCAGUCUUGUAAUCAUAGGGUGGUUGCAAACUUGCAAUAUCAACAAGUUUCAGUCUAAUAUAUUUAUCUCUGUUCC